GGAAUAACACCAGCCACUAGUUAACCUGCACGCACACCAACGGAGACACCUCUUCCAACCAAAACUUCUUCAUGCAAUUUUUGUCUUUUAGACUUUAAACUUAAAAUAACUAAGCGGGUUUACCAUCUGUUGAGGCUCUAUCUACAGAUUGGAGCGGCUUCUUAUUCAGCCUCGUACAUCCAACAUGAAACCAAUGGUUCGCCUUCUCCUUUUCCUUCUGAGUAUUACUGCCAUCUGUGUUUUUUGGGGAGAACACACACUAUACAUUGCGCCUCAGAAACAACGAUUCUGUGCCUGUGACCGAUGUCUAUUUGAAAAUAAUACGUUGGCAAUUGAGGGUUUGAGGGAGUUUCCACAACCACUUUUAUCGAGGAACUACAAUCUGCCAGAAGAGGAAUACAACUGGUGGAGGCGCCUACAGCCUGGAGGCGGAAGCAUCAGUGACUACAGAAAAAACAUUGAAAGGGUUUUUCAGCUGAUCUCAGACAACCCUCCCCUUGAAGCAUCCAGCCCCGGCCGCUGCAGGACAUGUGCUGUGGUGGGAAACUCUCGUAAUUUGUUAAAAUCACAUUACGGACCUCUCAUAGAUUUCCAGGACUACGUCAUAAGAAUUAACAGGGGUCAUUCCAAAGGCUUUGAAGCAGAUGUUGGGAACAGAACAACUCAUCAUGUCAUGUAUCCAGAGAGUGCUUCUCAGUUAGAUAACACGACUCAUCCAGUCCUGUUCACAUUUAAAAUAAGAGAUCUUGAAUGGAUUACGAAGGUUCUCAGCACACAACCUUCUGGAAGAAAAUCAAACUUCAACAAAGAUUUGGUGAUGGUCCUUAACCCAGCUUUUAUGAGGAAUAUUCAUCAAGUCUGGCUGCAGAAGAAAGGCGAUUAUCCCUCCACUGGCUUCAUGGCUUUGGUUCUUGCCCUGCAUAUUUGUGACGAGGUCCAUGUGUUUGGUUUUGGAGCAGACAGUGAUGGAAACUGGAGUCAUUACUGGGAUAAAGUCCCCGACCAAAAAGUAAAAACUGGACCACAUCCUGGAAAAGUAGAGUAUGAAAUGAUCGAGGAGCUGGCAAGUCAUCAAAUACUCAAAUUCUAUACAGGGUGGUAAUGUUUCUCUCAGCAUUUAACUUAUUUAAGGCUUUACAACGGAUCGCUUACCAA